CCGGUGCUUGGACCGGUAGCGAGCGCACGUGCCGAAGUGUAGCGACGCCGCGGCAGCUCUCGGAGCCGGACUUUUCGCCAUCACUGCUGCAGGCAUGGACUCCUCCAAGAACAACAACGCAACGGCUGCAAGCAAUGACAACUCCAACGAUGGGGUGCCGCAUCAAGAAAAGCUGCUCUACGGAAACUACCUGAAGCUAGACAAGCUCCUCGACUGUCAGAAGUUGGUCACGGAGCAGCACUGCGAGGAGCGCGUGCACGACGAGCAUCUUUUCAUUAUCACGCAUCAAGCUUACGAACUAUGGUUCAAACAAAUCAUCUUCGAACUGGACUCCAUAAAGCCGCUGCUGGACUCAAAAGACAUGAACGAAUCUAACAUGUUCCAAAUCACGUCUCGGAUGAACCGCGUCGUGCUCAUUCUAAAGCUGCUGCAAGAGCAAGUCGAGAUCCUGGAAACCAUGACUCCCCUUGACUUCAUGGAAUUCAGAGGCUACCUGGCGCCAGCAUCCGGGUUCCAAAGCCUCCAGUUUCGCCUCAUCGAAAACAAGCUGGGAGUGAAGAACGAGCUGAGAGUGAACUACGGCAAGCAGCACUACCAGAAGGUGUUCGAGGAUCCCUCCGCCAUCCUUAAGAUUCAGGAGUCCGAGAAGGAGCUCACGUUACUACAACUCGUAGAGCGGUGGUUGGAACGGACUCCCGGCCUGGAACCUCACGGCUUUAACUUCUGGGAAAAGUACCAAAACGUCGUGAAACGUAUGCUCGACCAAAUGGAAGAGGAUGCCAAGGCCGACAACAAUGAAGCCGUCCUAAGCAGUGUGGCCAAGAAACGGGAGACCUUCGACACUCUCUUCGACGUUAACAAACACAACGCCCUGCUUUCCCGAGGUGAGCGUCGUCUGAGUCACCAAGCUAUGCAGGGUGCCAUGAUGAUCUUCCUGUACCGCGACCAGCCGCGCUUCCACCAGCCCUAUUACCUGCUCACCCUCCUCAUGGACGUCGACUCGCUCCUGACCAAGUGGCGCUACAACCACGUGCAGAUGGUUCAGCGAAUGAUCGGAUCGCAGCAAUUCGGGACGGGUGGCUCCUCCGGCUACCAGUACCUCCGCUCUACGCUCAGCGACCGGUACAAGGUGUUCCUGGACCUGUUCAACAUGUCCACGUUCCUGAUCCCGCGCUCGUGCAUCCCGAAGCUGACGAGUGCCAUGAGCCGCAAACUGAGCAUACAACACGACCAGGAGCAGCAGGUGGACGGCAACGCCAGCGUCACCAUCAACGACCCGCACUUCCCCGAGAAGUUCCUCUAGGCACCGGCAUAUAUGCGAGGAAUAGUUAGAUAUGCAC